GCACUAAAUCAAACCUUAACGCGACUGCGUGGUGAAGCUCAAAACUUCUUCGAACAGAUGGUCAUCUUUGACGCCGAUGUGACCCUGAACCACAAGAUGCUGGCUAUCCUCUGGAACAUUUCAUUUGAUUUGGCCGAGGCGUUGUUAAACCAGUUCGUACGAUUUUCGCUGGCGGUGAAAUGUUGGUCAUCUUAUUCCGAGGGUUAUGGAUUCCAACUUCAUCCAGUUCAAUUAGAUGUACUUCGAAGCUCGAUCGAUCCGAUCAAACAAAUUAUAACCGGUUCAUCGUCUAUCACAAUGUCCUGGUCAUCUCAGUGA